CCCGAACAGUCCGUGUCUCAUUCCACCACGGUCAAGCCUGCCGGUAGAGUUCCUGUUCUUCAGCUCCACAGUAAUCAUUUCAUUUGGAAAACUUGAAACUGAAUUUAUAUUUAUAACAAACGUCGUUUUAUUUAUUUAAAAGUAAACGUAACCGUUGGUUGAAUAUCGUAUAGUUUGUACAGAAACGGACUUUAACAGCAGAGCCGGGUCGUGCUAACAAAAGAAAAUCCUUUCUCUUCACAAAUAAUCCCCAUUACUCUCUUUAGUUAUGAGUCAUGUGGUCGUUGAUAAUCCACACGGUCUAGAUCAGCAGCUUGCUGCCCUAGACUUGAACUCCGCUGACGGACAAGGCGGAGGAACUGGCAGGCGUUACAUUCCACCUCACUUGAGAAACAAAGAUGCACCAAAAAACGCAGGAAAUGCUUAUUCCGCUGGUAGACAGUACGGUUAUUCAAUGGCACCAGUAAAUCUCUAUUCCCCUGGAUGGGACGGUGGACGCACCAAUGGAUUUGUGAAUGGGUACCACGACAACCGCACAAAUGGGGGAUUUGGAGGGCGAGGACCCCCUCGCAAUGAUAGAGGUGGGCGUGGCGCCUACCGUGGUAACGGGGGUGGAGGCUCGUUUAAUCAACAAUUACAAAAUGCAGGAUUUGGUGGUGAAGGCAACUGGGGAGGAGCUCCUAGGGAUGCUGCAUACAACAGCUUUGGCGGACGUAACGAUCAAAGGUCAAAGUCCACCUUCUUCAAUGAACGUGGAGCGGGCUCAAGGGGAAGAUAUGAGCGUGGGGGCUUUUCUAGUGGAGGAAACAACCGCUGGUCAGAAGAAUCCAGAGAGGAAGAUUGGUCCAAGCUCUCUCCUCCCAACGAGCGCCUGGAAAAUGAGCUUUUCUCUGCAAGCAACACGGGGAUAAACUUUGAGAAGUAUGAUGAUAUUCCCGUGGAUGCCACUGGAAACAACUGCCCGCCACACAUUGAAAGCUUCCAUGAUGUGGACAUGGGGGAGAUUGUCAUGGCGAACAUCGGCCUGAGUCGCUACGAUUGUCCCACUCCAGUUCAGAAGCAUGCUAUCCCCAUCAUCAAGUCCAAGAGAGACCUGAUGGCCUGCGCCCAGACUGGCUCCGGUAAGACUGCCGCUUUCUUGCUGCCAGUGCUGAGUCAGAUCUACCAAGAGGGGCCAGGAGACGCUCUGCAGGCCGCCAAGAGCUCAGGACAGGACAACGGAAGGUAUGGCCGCCGUAAGCAGUACCCAAUCGCUCUGGUCCUGGCUCCCACCAGAGAGCUGGCUCUGCAGAUCUACGAUGAGGCCAGAAAGUUUGCCUAUCGCUCACGUCUGCGUCCCUGCGUGGUGUAUGGCGGUGCGGAUAUUGGUCAGCAGAUCAGGGAGUUGGAGAGAGGCUGUCACCUGCUGGUGGCCACACCUGGACGUCUGGUUGACAUGAUGGAGAGGGGAAAGAUUGGUCUCGACUACUGCAACUUCUUGAUCCUGGACGAGGCCGACCGCAUGUUGGACAUGGGUUUUGAGCCACAGAUCAGACGCAUCGUGGAGCAGGAUACGAUGCCGCCUAAAGGCAUCCGUCAGACCAUGAUGUUCAGUGCCACUUUCCCCAAGGAGAUCCAGAUCCUGGCUCGUGACUUCCUGGAGGACUACAUCUUCCUGGCAGUGGGCAGAGUUGGAUCCACUUCAGAAAACAUCACCCAGAAGGUGGUCUGGGUGGAGGACGGGGACAAGAGGUCCUUCCUUCUUGACCUGCUCAAUGCCACAGUUAUUCCCAGUGAGGUUCAGGAAAAUGUGACAGAGGCACCAGAGAAACCAGGCAAAGAAUCGUUGACUCUGGUGUUUGUGGAAACCAAAAAAGGCGCCGAUGCUCUAGAAGAUUUCCUUUACCACGAGGGUUAUUCCUGCACCAGCAUCCACGGAGACCGGUCCCAGAGAGACAGAGAGGAAGCUCUGCAUCAGUUCCGAUCAGGACGCUGCCCCAUCUUGGUGGCUACAGCUGUGGCCGCCAGAGGUCUGGACAUCAGCAACGUGAAACAUGUCAUUAACUUUGAUUUGCCCAGUGACAUUGAGGAAUACGUUCACCGUAUUGGCCGUACGGGACGUGUGGGCAACCUUGGUCUGGCCACGUCGUUCUUUAACGACAAAAACAGCAACAUAACCAAAGAUUUGCUGGACAUUUUGGUGGAGGCCAAGCAAGAGGUUCCCUCCUGGCUUGAAAGCCUAGCCUACGAGCACCAGCACAAGAGCACCACACGCGGACGCUCUAAGAGGUUCUCUGGUGGAUUCGGAGCUAGAGACUACCGUCAGACCCCCGGUGGCUCUGCAAACAGCUUCAGUAGCAACCGGGGUGGAGGUGGUGGUGGGCGUAGCGCUGGAGGCCACGGAGGAGGAAACCGUGGCUUUGGAGGAGGGAGCUUUGGUGGCAACUUCUACGGCAACGACGGCUACGGAGGAAACUACAGCCACUCCGGGAGUGUGGAUUGGUGGGGCAACUAGUCGCCAUAGGAAGCGGUUGCCAUGUCAACCCAGCCCAAUGGAAACCACAUGUUAACUUAAGCCAGACCAUAACAACCCUCCCUGUGUAGCUUCACUGACACACAGUACAUUACCAACCCUGGUUCUCUGCCAUUCGCUUCUCAAAGAGGAAGUGCAGCACGAUGCAACAGAAAAGUCACCAGCACGUGCAACGCACCGGAGAACGCAGAGAUUCGCCGCCUCAGAGUGAGCAUGGAUGCUGAGUGAUGCAUUGUCCGAUAGCAACUUCGGACUUUCAUUGUUUAAAGUAUUUUUGUUCUUUUCGUGAAAAAAAACAACACACACACACACACACACAAUCGAAUAACCUGAGGAUCAUUCGUAUGUUAAUGUACUGUGCCUUUUGGAAUUUAGACAGGAAAUCUUAUGUUUUCAUUUCAUCAGAUGAACAUGGCCAAGAGCUUCUAAAUUUGAUUUUAUUUGUUCGGUGAAAAAUAGAAAGGAAGAAAAAACAAACAAAAAAAAACAAGCUUGGACUUACUCAAACCUUGGCAAACUCUGGGGUAUUGUGGCUCUGAGUCAUGAUUCCAUUUGAACUUCAAAUUUAUCGCAGGAACAUCAUGUAGCCUUUUUCUAACAGCUAACGGAGCCGUUACUAUGUCUAAUACAAACUGGGCCACUCUGUGAAGCCGUUGAUUUUAAUCCUAAGGGACAAAGUUACAUUCGUUUUUCUGUUUUUGCUCACUCUAUCCUGGACAGGCUCCUUUUUAUGGAUAUGAUAGUCUUUGAAAUAGCCAUUCCUAUUGUAAUCUUAAGAAACACAUAAGUCAUUAAGCUCAGUGCCAACAAAUCGCUGAGGUUCAAACAAGAAUUAUCACUGCUGGAACUUGUUACUCCACGUUUUUCAAUUGACUUUGACAGUGUUACGGCAGCUAGUGUGUUACCAAGUGCUAGCUACGUUAAGUGGGCGGUGUUUUUUGUUUAUUUUUACUUGAGACAUUUUUGGUGCAGGUGUGUGCGAAAUUGAAAAACUGACUCGGUUUUUUGAUUUUUGAAUCGUUUCUUUACAAAUGUGUAUCAAAACAAAGAAUGCCUGCCAUCUUGAAAGUGAAGUUCAAAAUGGCUGCAUAAAGGACCACAGCAUCGGGGGAAGGGCACAGCGUGGUGUUAGUGUUUACUGAAUCGACCGGCGACCACAAGGCCCAGAUGGUAUUCUACGCUUGCAAGUGUUUUGUUUUUUGGUCAAGGAGGAAAGACACGUGAACUGAGUCGCAGGCUUAACUUAAUUACAAACGUUUUCUCUUUUCAAGCUGCGUUGGGAGGCAUGGUUCAUCUUUAAGAGACAGACAUUUGAAUGAUCACUGAGGUUUAUCAAUUAAAAACAGCUAGGGAACAGAGCAGGUAGAGCAGCACUUUGACCACGGAGGUUAAAGGGGGGGGUCAUGUGGCUAGGUGUUUGGGGGUGGGGAUGGGGGGGGGGCGGCUCUCAGUGCACUGCCGUUGGUGGCUUUGGUUUCCUUCGCUGCGUAGUGUGACUGCAGGUGGCCAAAGAUAGGGGCGUGUCCACUUGCUUAUGGAACAUUAAAGUACUGUCAGGUCCUCUGGGAGUUCAUCUGCUCAGAUAUGUAUAAAAUAAUCAAAAAUAAUAAUCUGUGGCUCCGUGAAGCCAGAGCAGGCUUUUCCUCUCAAAGAGGAGCAGCCAUCAAGAGGAGGAGAGAUGGGGCGUUUCACCUCAAAAUGCUCCCAAUUUUCUCAUCAGGUGUGUUGUGCCUUGAAAACCUUUAUUUUUUAUUUUUUUUGUUUUAAGAAAUUGAACUAAUAGCGGAUGCACUGACAGUGUUGAGAACUUGAGAUUGAAUGGUGCUACUUGAUUUAGGUGUGUAGGCCCUUAUACGUCGUGCCCAUCAAGUUUUACGAGAAGUUCUUUUAUUGCACAUCUAGAGUUUUAUAUAGAUGUCUUCGAUAUGUGUCCUUAGCUUCCAAAUAUUGUGUGUGAGGAGAUUGUGGAAAAACGCAGCUUGUUUACAAAAGGGGACGGGUUCUCAACGUUUAAACCAGGAUUUAUUUGGGACCAGGGGAUUUAGCAGUCGGGGGGGAAUUUAGCCAUUUGCACAGAUUUCUAGAUUCUACUUUUUGCUGCUAGUUUUGUGUAAUUUAUUAAGCAUUUUUGACAAAUAUUUAUUUUUGUAAGCCUCAAAGUGAUUCUUUGAAAGUUUCAGAAACUUGACCAAAAGACAGUACAAAAACACUGGCACUUGAAUGUUGAAUGUCACCUGUAUGCGUGAAAUUUAUAUAUUUCGGGGUAGUGUGAGCUUUUUAAUGUUUAAGAUACAUUGGACUCGGUAAAUAAUAUCCACAGCUGUUUCAGGGCCUCGUCGGGGCCGCUCAUCUCUUAAAUCCAAUCAAUUGGUCACCAAAAUUUGAAAUGGAAUUGGACAAACAUGCCAAGGUUUGGAAUAACGCUGUCAAACGAGCAAAAACUU